AGAAUGAUUAAAGUUCGCAUUAUGUCUACUUGAAUAUCCCUUGUGAGUCGCGUCGAGGCACUUCCGUGUGUUAUUAUGGAGAAUAAGACAACGCUGGAUCGAGUAAUCGCGUUUCUGAAAGUAUACCUGACGUUCGCGUGCUGUUGGCCUCUGCCGUCGAACGCGACGAGGCUUCAGAGGCUUCUUCAUACUGCCUUUCGAUACUUUUGCUGCGCGAAUGCGACGAUACUCAGUGUCGCGGCCGCGUGGACCCUCUAUAACCACAGCGACGACGUGCUCCUGGUGAUGAAGUUGGGAUGUCAAGUGAGCGCUGUCUCGCAAGUCCCGUUGCAGAUAAUGCUUUUUGCUUGGCAGGACAAACGUUUGCAGUUUAUUGUUUUGGAAAUGGAGAAUUAUUAUAAGCAAGCGGAAAAAUAUGAAAAAGAAAUUUUUCAAAAAUAUGUUGACAAAUGCAAACCAUUUUAUGGUACCAUUCUUUGCUGGUUGGCAAUGACAGGUAUUAGCGUGAUAGCCGCACCAUUGUUUUCGGCGCAAUCGUUUCCGAGUGAAGCAGAAUAUCCAUUCAAUGUACAACAUCAACCAUUGAAAACUCUCAUUUAUGCGCAUCACGUAUUGACGGCUUAUCAAAGUGUGAUACAAGUCAGCGCUAAUACUUUUCCUGCUCUUCUACUUUGGUUUAUAGCAGCUAGGUUUAAAAUUUUGUCCGACCAGUUCCGUACGGUGACGAAUAUGAAAGAACUCAUAAAGUACACGCAAGAACAUACUAUAUUACUCAGAUAUGCACAAGAAGUUACACUUGCAGUACGUUAUAUAGCAUUAUUAUGCGUAACUUUUAGUACUGGCGCUGUAAUAUUCGGUUACCUUACCUUUAUGAGCCGUCAACCAUGGUCAGUGAAAUGGACGUUCCUCAUGAUAGCUUUUUGCGGUUUUGUAGAACUUUAUAUGUAUGCCUGGCCAGCUGAUAAUGUAAUGAGCACGAGUAGUGAUAUUGCGUCUGCUGCCUAUGAUUCAUUAUGGUAUAACAAUGAUUUGGCCACGCAAAAGAUUUUAAUACGUAUUAUACAAAGAAGUCAACGUCCGGUCACUAUUUCAAUUCCAUGUGCAUUACCAAAUUUAUCCAUGAAUUAUUACGCGUCGUAUAUCUCAACUGUUUUUUCAUACAUGGCAGCUGUGCGACUUAUGAUGGGUCAAGAGUAGAAGAAAAAUUUUAAUUAUAGUAAAAAUUUGAGCAGCUGUAUUUUUUAUGAAAUGUCUGCUAUGUUAUAGACCUGCAGGAUUAUAAUAAAAUUUGCACAUA